CUACCGAGUCGAUUCUCGCCGCUGACGCCUGUAUGCUGCCUACACUUAUUCAUCCUACACCUCAUCUGUAUCGCUAUCUUGUGUUAUCUCAUACAGCUCGCUAUUAGACAUAUGUUAUCGCAUAAUUGGGGUAUCUUCUGUGUAGGAUUGCACUGCAGUAUAAUCCCACAAUUCUGCAGAUGAUGAUCGCCGACAGUGAAGAUUUGUUGACUGAGAUCCUCCUCUGGCUGCCAGCAAAAUCCCUGGUCAGAUUCAAACUGGUAUGCAAAAGGUGGCUUUCUUUAAUCUCCAGUCAUCAUUUUUCUCGUCAACACACUCUGCACCACUGCCGGCGCUACCAACAUUCUACACCAGAACCAUCCCUCCUCCUCUGCCUUGCAGAGACAUCAGACUAUCUUUACCUGCAAUGCAACUUCCACCCUGAAAAAUGGGUACCGUAUCAUUUCUGUCCUACUCUUUUUGAGCCGACAAUCCGGAGCUUUUCAAAUGGUUUGUUCUUGCUCCAAUGCCGUAAUGACAAGAAUCCCCUGGAAGAUUGCCAUAUUUAUAAUCCCACAACUAAGCUUUCCAGAAGGAUUUUACUCCGCCAGGACAACAAGUACAGAUGUGUUUUGGGGCUCAACUUGGCAUUUGAUCCUUUAAAAUCACUUCAUUACAAGAUCAUUUGCAUUUGGGCUACCACGAGGAGAUCAUCUAGUUUGUGGCGGAGUCGGUGGCGUCGUUGUCAGGUUGAGGUCUAUGAGUCGGAAACUAGCACUUGGAAGCUUUGUGGAGAACCAUUUUUGGCUCCACCAUAUGUGCAUUUUGAUCACGGGAUAUAUUGGGAAGGCGGGAUUCAUUGGCGUGGGAUCUUUUUUGAUCUUCAUGAGAGUACUAUUAGAGAACAUCCGGGGGUUAUGCUUCCAGAGGACACCAGAAGAGAGAAUUUCAUCGACCACUAUGUAGAAUCCAAUGGCUAUCUGCAUUAUAUUGCCCAUUUUCGGGAAGAGAAAUCGGUAAUGGUCUUCGAACUGCAAAAUGGUUACUCUCAGUGGUCAUUAAGGUAUCAUAUUCAUCUUGAAAGAGCUACUGGGCCAGUUUCCGUACUGAGUAUCAUUAGGAGAGACAGUGAAGAAGAUAGCACGUUAGUUCUUCAUGAGCCGAGCAAGAUUAUGGCUUACAAGUUUCAAGACAGGAGUGUCAAGGAGCUUAUCAAUUUCAAAGGGGAGCCCUUUUACCAGGAGAGUGGUAUUCAAUUUGCGUCUCAGUCAACUUUUCAAUUCAUUGGGACUCUAGCUACUGCUUGAUUGUUAUUCUCGGUGGUUGAUUCUUCUUGAGAUUGUCUCAAAAUUUCAAUUGGGUGGAGACCAUUAUCUUAUCUGAAUGAAUCUUGAGUGGAAUCCAUAAUCAGCAUCUAAGCUGUUUGCAGUAUAUUGUAUCCUUGUUCUUAUUAUGACAAUAGCUUGUGGAAUGACAACUCUUUGGCUGUACCUAAUCCAAGGUCAGUAAGACUUCUUAUU